UUAGCCCUCACACUUCUCCCAUCCCCAUCCCGUUCCAUCCUUUGCUCCUUCGACAGAAGAAAGCAAGGAAGAGAUGAGGAUCUAUUUUGGUCCUUCGAUGUUUCUGCUUCUGUUGCUUGUCGUUCCGAACUUGGCGCAGUCCCAGAUACUCUUCCAGGGAUUCAACUGGGAGUCGUGGAGGCAGCAAGGCGGCUGGUAUAACUUCUUGAAAGACAAAGUCUCUGAUAUAGCCAACGCUGGAGUCACCCACGUCUGGCUGCCUCCGCCCUCGCACUCUGUCGGCGUUCAAGGUUACAUGCCGGGCCGGCUCUACGACUUGGGUGCUUCCAAGUACGGGAAUCAGGAUGAGUUGAAGGCGUUGAUCGGCGCUUUCCACGACAAGGGAGUCAAAUGCGUGGCCGACAUCGUCAUCAACCAUCGUUGCGCAGACAAGCAAGACGGGAGAGGCAUAUGGUGCAUCUUCGAAGGUGGAACCGAUGAUGCCCGCCUCGACUGGGGUCCACACAUGAUCUGUAGGGACGACACACAGUACUCCGACGGCACCGGAAACCUCGACACCGGCGAGGGCUUCGCGGCGGCUCCCGACAUCGACCACCUCAACACGCAGGUCCAGCGUGAGCUGACGGACUGGCUGAACUGGCUCAAGACUGACAUCGGCUUCGACGGGUGGAGGCUCGACUUUGCCAAGGGUUACUCCUCGAGCAUCGCCAAGAUCUACGUCGAACAGACGCAGCCAAACUUCGUGGUGGCUGAGAUCUGGAGUUCAUUAGCUUACGGAAACGACGGGAAGCCAGCAUACGAUCAGAACGGCAACCGCCAAGAGCUGGUUAAUUGGGUUCAGCAGGUCGGAGGCCCAGCGACAGCCUUCGAUUUCACCACAAAGGGAAUACUACAAGCUGCCGUGGAAGGUGAACUGUGGAGGAUGCGUGAUUCCCAGGGGAAGGCGCCCGGCAUGAUGGGGUGGUGGCCGGAGAAGGCUGUCACUUUCGUCGACAACCACGAUACCGGUUCGACGCAAAGGUUGUGGCCUUUUCCUUCUGAUAAGGUCAUGCAAGGCUACGCUUAUAUACUCACACAUCCGGGCGUCCCUUCCAUCUUCUACGACCACAUGUUCGACUGGGGAUUGAAGGAGGCGAUAACACAGUUGGCUGAAACCAGAACACGAAAUGGAAUUCAUUCGGGUAGCGCUCUCAACAUUCUGGCCUCCGAUGCUGACCUCUACAUGGCAAUGAUCGAUGGGAAGAUACUGACAAAGCUAGGCUCGAGAUACGACGUGGGGAAUCUCGUUCCUUCCAACUUCCACGUCGUUGCCUCUGGCAACGACUACUGCGUGUGGGAGAAGAGAUGAAGACUGAUGAUGAUGAAUCAUGGAAGAGACUAUUCGCUUCUCUUUCGUUCACGUUUCUCACCUGUGUUGUAAGACCUCGGUAUGAAUGAGGUCACGAGGCUUUUCCCUACUUGGCCGUGAGGCAGAAGAAUAAGUGUUUCCUGGUAAGGACUGUCGUAAUCUAUUCGACCAAUAAAAGGCAAAUUAUUGAUCCGUAUGGAUCGAUCCAAGUGAAAUAA